CCAGCUGUCACGGCGCGCGAAAGAUUGAAAAAUUGUACUCGGUGUGUUGAAGGGAACAGGCGGGAGGAAGAGAAACAGCCCGACUAAAAGGCUUACUAAAUGUACUCUAAAAGUAUAAAAUAGCAUUAAUCUCGUAGACAUUUUGCUUUUAGACGUCUGUUGUGGCUGUCGAGAUUCAACGAAGCGUUGUCUCCGCUGGUUUAUUGUUAGAAAAGACCGUUAAACUAUCACCAACGGACAAAGAUGAGCCUGCUGGUCGCUCAGCAACAACAGGCUGAGGGGCUCCCGGCACCAGGGAGUGAUUCAGACAGCGGGAUGGGCUCUCCAGCAGAGGAGAUGGUCACAGAGACGGCUAACAAAAGAGAAGCUCUUCCAGAUUCUGACGACGAUGAAGACAUCACAGUUCACAGAAAGCCUCAUCGUAAUGCCAUUAGAGACAGCGACAGCGAGGAAGAGGAUGCAACUGCGGAGAACAGUGUACACAUGGCCGAAGCACUGGUCUUAUCUGCUUCCAGCGGGGAGGAGAUGGAAACCGGAGAGGCAGAGGAGGAGAGGAAAGAGAGGGGGGCGCAGAAGAACAAGAGAAUAAGCCGUGCUCCCGUUGACAGCGAAGACAGCGAACCAGAGCAAGAGAAACGUGGAGAAGUGGAGGAGCAACAGGAGGAGGUGAGGAAGGAAGCAAAUUCGAUGAAGGAACGGAAGAAGAGCCAGAGGCACCGGGAGAAAAAGGAGAAGCGCAGCAAAGCGAUGGAAAAGCUGAAGAAGAAGAAGGAGAGGUUCUCUGAAAUGAGCGAGAAUGCGCCUCUCCCUCGUGCUCUGAAUGACAGUGGAUGUCUGCUGGGCGACACAGACCUGUUUGACACCGGUCUGGACGAUGAGGAAGAGGAAGAAGAGUCUCUGGAGGCCAUCCGAGCAGCUGUCAAGCAAAAGAUGAAAAAACACAAGGAUCCUCUCCUGGAUGAGGAAGACGAGGAAGAUGAAGAUGCACCAGAGAAACCCCAGCGUGUGGAGAGGAAAGCUGCUCGCGCGAGCAAAGAGGCAAUGAAGCAGCUCCACAGUGAGACUCAGAGGCUGGUCAGAGAGUCUACACUUGGCCUGCCGUACCACAUCCCUGAGCCCAAGACCAUCGACCAGUUCUUCAGGAAGAGAGCCAGGCCAGAGGGUCCUGCCAUGGCGUUGUUGAAAUCUACAAAGUAUUCAGCCAUGAUGAUGGAGACAUCGUCACCUCCUCCUCCUCCUCCCACCAACCCACCCAGUGAGCCCCUGCAGCCGUCCACAGAGCAGGACUCCUCUCCCUCUGUAGAUAUGUCGUCCACUCAGAUCCCGCCCAUACCUCAACCUGCCGCCACCUCGUCCCCGCAGCAGGAGAGCCUCAGCCAAGCCAGCCUAGAUCAAGAAUCUGGACCGAUGCUUUACCUCUCAGAGAGUCUACAUGAGUCCGUCACCACAGAUGGAGCAGUGAGACCUGCUUCUGAUUCUGGAGAAGAAACGUGUCCUGCUCUCUUAGAACAAAGCAAGGCUGCAGUAAUGUCUGAAGCCCUGCAAAAAGAGCCGGUAUCUGGGGCUUUGGUGGAACCUUUAGAUGCAAAGUGUGGGAGCGUUGAUCCAGCUGCAGCAGAGCCUUCCGCGCAGCAGCCCACCAAACCCAAGAAGGACAAAUUCUCCAGGCUGAAGAUGCUUGGACUGGACCCCCCACCUGUCGCUAAAUUGUGUCCGGAUGACGGAGCCUUUGUUCAGCUCGAGCCUCCACAGCUCAACCGUGGCGUGGAGGCCCUGAAGGUGCGUUACCUUCGUCACGUCAAGCCACCGGCUCGCCCUCAAGGAGAGCGAACGAUGCAGCUCAACAUCGUCCGUAAGGACACCGCCCCGUCCGGCCAGGAAGAGCUGCACAGCGAGUCGGUCACGGUCACUGUUAAAGAGGGAGCAGAGGAGCCUGUUGCAACCAAACCAGGAGAGAAGCUGCUGACUCUGAAGCAGCGCCUGCAGCUCGCCAUGGCCCAGAGGAGGCAGGAGGAGAGGGAACGCAAGGCCGAGCUGCAUCGUCUAGACAAUGAAGAGUGUGGCGAUGAAGAAGAGGAGGAGGAAGAGAUGACCGACGAGUCUGAGGAAGAAGAGAAUGUAGAUGACUUACUGGGAGGUGAUGAUGGUGAGGAGGAGGAGGAGGAGGAGAAGGAGCACGAAGAUGAAGAGGGCAGUGUGGCCCACAGUAUCAGGAGUACCUCUCCUGUGGCGCUGAACAGACCCUCUGACCUGAUUAAUACAGAUAGCACACUCAUGCUGUUCCCCGGCAACUCCUGCUCUCGCACCGGUGAUGGUGUCAGAAGGUCUGGUCCUUCUGGACAGGACAGCAGCAGCAAUAAGAUGGAAGAGGACGACUCUCUGUCCCUGGUGAAGGACAACAGCCACAACAGCAGCUUUGAGCUGGCAGGAUCCAUGAUAACCUCGUACCAGCCUGUCAAUCACCAGCGCUCCGCUGGAAGAACUAUCUCCAACUCCUCCUCCAUUUUCCGCUCCCCGUCCCCCUGCCUCUUCAGGCCCAGCUUCCUCGGCUCUGCCUCCAAGAGUUCAGGCAAACUGUCCGAGCGCUCUCUCUGCCUCCCCGUUGAGGACUCCCAGGACUUGUAUGCACCUCCGUCCCCAGGAGCAGAUUCGGGGCCGCUGGGCGGAGCAGCUUCUUCUUCUGGCCCUGGUCUGGGAGGAGACUCCCAAGGUCGCUUCUCCCUGGAGGACGACACCAACUCCCAGCUACUGGACUCAGACGGCUUCCUUAAUGUGGGGCCGCGGCCCGGUGCGCCUCGCUCCCACAAGAGACAGUUGAUCCUGGACAGCCUGGAUGAGAACGCCAUGGAUGCCAACAUGGGGGAGCUGUUGGGGAUGUGCUCAGGUGUUUUUGGGACGGCGGCGAGCGGCGGCUCUGGCAGGGCCGUAGGCCUCGGAGCAUCACAGGAGGACGAGCUGCUCGGGUUGUGCUCUGGAGCGUUUCCACCAACGCAGGCCGGAGAGGAGCAGAAGGAAACGGACAAGAGGGAGGAGAGAGGACAGGAUGAAGAAUCUGAUAACACCAUGGAUCAGCUGCUGGGGCUGUGCUCGGGGAAGUUUCCUAGUCCAGGUUCUGCUCACACGGCUUCGCCAGCACAAGACAGUAAAAAGAAGCCAGAGGAGGAAGAGCAGGAGGAGCAAGAGGAAGAGGACUGCGAGUUCCGGCUUCUGUCAGAUGUGGAAAGUCACAGUGAACCGGAGGAGGAUGAUGAUGAGGAUGGUGGAGAGGAGGACGAAGAUGUAGAGGCAGAUGCUGACGAGGAUGAAGACAAUGACAUAGAAGAGGAGGAGAUGCAGGGUGUCUUUGCAUCACAACGGGUUAAGAAGAAGAAGAAGAAGAAAAUGUGUUUGGCCGACUACCUGGAGUCAGAGGCUGAGCAGUCCGGCAGUGACCUGGGAAGCGACGACGAGGACGGCGACAGAGGGAGCGAAUACGAGGAAGAUGAGCUUCUCGAGGAGCUUCCCUCCGAUGAAGAGCUGCAGGACCAGGUCAACAAGAUCCACAUGAAGCAGAUAAUGGAUGAUGACAAGCGCCGUCUGAGGCUCUACCAGGAGCGUUACCUCGCUGAUGGCGACCUGCACUCUGAUGGCCCGGGACGAGCUCGACGCUUCCGCUGGAAAAAUAUUGAUGAUGGUUUCAACAUGGACGGGACGAGAGCGGAUGGCGAGGAAGAGGUGGAGGAAGAUGAUGACGUGGACCCAACUGAGGUCCAGAGGAGGAAAGAGAGACUGGAGAGAGAGCAGUGGCUCAGAGAACAGUCUGAAGAGAAAGCCAAGAAAGGGGAAGAUUUGGACGCGGAUGAUGAGAAGAUCGGAGAGGAGGACAGUCAUUUUAUGAAGCUGGCCAAGAAACUGACUGCCAAGACUCUGCAGAGAAAAGAGCCCCCUGUGGCACCACAACCAGAGAAGAAGACCUCAGCUCUCAACCCGUUCCAGAGACCCUCGCAGCCCCUACAGGUGAGGAGAGGGUCACUCCUGAGUCAGCCUAAAUCCGUCCUCCAGAAGCUGGCCUCGAUCUCAGAUGGGAAUCCUCUGGCUCCUAGGAACAGCAGAGGAUUCCUGUUUCAAACUCUGUCUCCUGAGAAGGAUAAGUCAACCUCAGACGCUUCACAGAAACAGAUGAUGAAGAAGAGAGGACCGGUGGGAGCGGUGAACCCGACAGCAAAGAGGGUCUGCAGGGAGAACAGACCUGCAGCACAGACUAAAGCCCCCCAGAGGAGCAUCUUCAACUUCCUGGACCACUGAGGUCACGACACACUAACUGAACGAUAAUCAUCAUCAUCAGCAGGCUGGGAAGCCAACUGAUAAAAAACAGUAUUUACCAGCCACAUCCGGUAUUUCACAAGCCAGUGAGACUUGAACAAUGAAGGCGGCGGUGAAAUGUCGGCGGCUGGUAGACGUCCUCUGUAUCGCUUCUCAAACACAAAUACGGGUGCUUGUAUGUGUGUUUGCAUGUUUACACUGCCUUCAUAUGGCAAACUAAAGCACACACUGAGGCAUCUCUUGAUGUUUUACCUUUUUCUUAAUCUGGACUUUCUGACAGAGGUCCAUUUAAAAAUGUUUUAUCAUGUAAAUAGGAUUGAUUUGAUUUUAAUGAUUAGGGAGUUUUUGUAUGCUAAAUGUAUUUGUUUUACAAUGUAAAUAAAAGUGUAUUU